CCGAGCGGGCGCUGCUAGCGGAGGCGCCAUAUUGGAAGGGACAAAACUCCGGCGACAGCGAGUGACACAAAUAAACCCUUGGACCCCCUCGCUCCCCCACCUCUGAGGGCCGCGAUGUUGUACCUAGAGGACUAUCUGGAAAUGAUUGAGCAGCUUCCAAUGGACCUGCGGGACCGCUUCACCGAGAUGCGCGAGAUGGACCUGCAGGUGCAGAAUGCAAUGGAUCAGCUAGAACAAAGAGUCAGUGAAUUCUUCAUGAAUGCAAAGAAAAAUAAACCGGAGUGGAGAGAAGAGCAAAUGGCAUCCAUUAAAAAGGAUUACUAUAAAGCUUUGGAGGAUGCAGACGAGAAGGUACAGUUGGCAAACCAGAUAUAUGACUUGGUAGAUCGACACUUGAGAAAGCUGGAUCAGGAACUGGCUAAGUUUAAAAUGGAGCUGGAAGCUGAUAAUGCUGGAAUUACAGAAAUAUUAGAGAGGCGAUCUCUGGAAUUAGAUACUCCUUCACAGCCAGUGAACAAUCACCAUGCUCACUCACAUACUCCAGUGGAAAAAAGGAAAUAUAAUCCAACUUCUCACCAUACGACAACAGAUCAUAUACCUGAAAAGAAGUUUAAAUCUGAAGCUCUUUUAUCUACCCUAACAUCAGAUGCCUCUAAGGAAAAUACGCUAGGUUGUCGAAAUAAUAAUUCUACAGCUUCUUCUAACAAUGCUUACAAUGUGAAUUCCUCCCAGCCUCUGGCAUCCUAUAAUAUUGGCUCCUUGUCUUCAGGAACUGGUGCAGGGGCAAUUACCAUGGCAGCAGCUCAAGCAGUUCAAGCUACAGCUCAGAUGAAAGAGGGACGAAGAACAUCAAGUUUAAAAGCCAGUUAUGAAGCAUUUAAAAAUAAUGACUUUCAGCUGGGAAAAGAGUUUUCCAUGCCCAGGGAAGCAGCUGGCUAUUCAUCAUCUUCAGCGCUCAUGACUACAUUGACACAGAACGCCAGCUCAUCCGCAGCAGAUUCACGGAGCGGGAGAAAGAGCAAAAACAACAACAAGUCUUCAAGCCAGCAGUCAUCAUCUUCCUCCUCCUCUUCUUCCUUAUCAUCAUGUUCUUCGUCAUCAACUGUUGUACAAGAAAUCUCUCAACAGACAACAGUUGUACCAGAAUCUGAUUCGAACAGUCAGGUUGAUUGGACUUAUGACCCAAAUGAACCACGAUACUGCAUUUGUAAUCAGGUAUCCUAUGGUGAGAUGGUGGGCUGCGAUAACCAAGAUUGCCCCAUAGAAUGGUUCCAUUAUGGAUGUGUUGGAUUGACAGAAGCACCAAAAGGAAAAUGGUACUGUCCACAGUGCACUGCUGCCAUGAAAAGAAGAGGCAGUCGGCACAAAUAAGGGUGGUCGUUUCAUUUGAGAAAGAAAAAAACUCCAACAUUUUAUAUAGGACUUUAAAAAAAGGAAAAAAAGAGAGAGAAGAGACAAUGCAUUUCCAGGCAACCACUUAAAGGAUUUACAUAGACAAUCCUAUAAGAUCUUGAACUUGAAUUUUAUGGGUUGUAUUUUAAUAAUGUAAGUAAAUUAUUUAUGCAC